AUGUCCGACCCUACCAACCCCAACAUUGAACAACGCACAACGCCCCAAUGGGCUCUCUACCAGCGCGAGAACUUUUGGAAGCUUAACGAGGGCAAGACUGCCCCGUUUAACACCGACCCCACCAAGCUCGAAGAACUCGCGAAAGAAACCCUCAGCAAGGGCGGCUGGCUCUAUGCCUCCUCCAACGCAGGCCUCUCAGCAACACACCUCGCAAACCGACAAGCCUUCUACCGGCACCGCAUAAUCCCCAACCAGCUCGUCGACACAAAUCUCCGCGACACAACAACCACAAUCUUCGGGCACAAGGUCUCCGCACCCAUCGGCUUCGCACCCAUAGGCAUUAACAAAAUCUACCACCCCUCCGCCGAACUCGCCGUCGCAAAGGUUGCCGGCGAGCUCAACCUCCCAUACUGCCUCAGCACGGCAGGAAGCUCACCGAUUGAGAAAGUCGGCGAGGCAAAUGGCCAGGGCAAUCCCAGAUUCUACCAGCUGUACAUGCCGCACGACGACGAACUCACAAUCUCCCUCUUGAAGAGAGCCUGGAGCAGCGGGUUCGACGCCUGCAUGUUAACGACGGAUACGUGGCAGCUCGGCUGGCGGCACGGUGACAUCGCCAACUCAAACUACGCCUUCUACCGCGGCAUGGGUGCAGACCUAGGUCUUACAGACCCUGUCUUCCAGAAGCGCUGCCGCGAAGCAGGCAUCGACCCCGAGAAAGACAUUGUGGCUGCGUCAGCGAAAUGGAUCGACUCCGUCUGGCAUGGGCGCGCCUGGUCGUGGGAGAAGAUCCCCUGGCUUAUCAAGACGUGGAAGGAGAUCUCCGGCGGUCGACCAUUCGUCAUCAAGGGGAUUCAGUCUGUUCCCGACGCAAAGAAGUGCGUUGAGUAUGGCGUUGAUGGGAUCGUCGUGAGCAACCACGCUGGCCGGCAGGUUGAUGGCGCGAUUGCGUCUCUCGACGCGUUGGAGAAUAUCGUCAAUGCCGUUGGGGACCAGUUGUAUAUCAUGUAUGAUUCGGGCGUGCGGGGCGCGAGUGAUGUUGGCAAAGCGCUGGCGGUGGGUGCUAAGUUUGUGUUUGUAGGGAGGCUUUGGAUUUGGGGGUUGAGCAUCAUGGGCGAGGAAGGGGUUAGGCACGUCAUGAAGAGCUUAUUGGCGGACUUUGAUAUCCUUAUGGCCGUGGGUGGUUUCAAGAAUGUGCAAGAAUUUGAUCGGUCUUGUCUUGAAUCAUAUCCGAAAUCAUAUACCUAUAUUCCGGAUAGGGUAUUGUGA